AUGUGGCUUUCAGACACACAAAAGAUUGGUGUCGGGUUAACGGCGUUUGGAUCCUUUUUUAUGCUACUUGGUGUUUUACUUUUAUUUGACGGAGGUUUACUGGCUAUAGGCAAUAUACUAUUUAUAUCAGGAAUAACUUUGAUUAUUGGAGUACUUUUAGUAUUUAUCAAAUGGCCAGUGUUGGGAAUGGUGAUCGAACUAUUUGGUUUCCUAAAUCUAUUUGGUGAUUUCUUCCCUGUCGUCAUCAGCUUCCUUCGGAAACUACCCGUAAUUGGAAGUUUAUUGAACGCACCCGGUAUUUCACAGGUCGUAGACAAAAUAACCGGUUCAAAGUUACCAGUUUAA